AUGCAAAGGAGUUUCAAAGCUAAAGAAAUGUUUAUAGUGCGAGCAUUAGAAAAAAUAUUAGCUGAUAAGGAUAUCAAAAGAUCACAUCAUUCCCAAUUAAAAAGAGCAUGUGAGGUGGCAUUAGAGGAAAUAAGAAAUGAAUUGAAAGAGGGGGAUAUAGAAGACCCCAGUAGUUCGUCAGCUUUGCCUCUUCCAAAAGAAGGGAAUGAUAUAGUAUCAGCUGAAAAAUACUUCUUGCCUUUUGAACUUGCCUGUCAAAGUAAAUCACCUCGAAUAGUUGUCACUGCACUUGAUUGUUUACAGAAAUUAAUUGCGUAUGGGCAUUUGACUGGAAACAUACCUGACUCUACUCAGCCAGGUAAACUAUUGAUCGAUAGAAUCGUCGAAACAAUAUGUGGAUGCUUCACAGGCCCCUCCACAGAUGAAAAAGUACAACUUCAGAUCAUCAAGGCCGUUUUAACUGUUUCAACUUCUCAACAUGUUGAAAUCCAUGAAGGUACCGUUCUUCUUGCAGUUCGCACUGUUUAUAACAUCUAUUUGGCCAGUAAAAAUCUUAUCAAUCAAACAACUGCAAGAGCAACACUUACUCAAGCUAUUAAUGUUAUAUUUUCAAGGAUGGAAGCACAAGCUCUCGAUGAUUUGUAUAAGCAGCGUGAUACGCUUGAAGAGGCCUCUAGCACGGAAGUUGUAUCAGAUAUCUUGAACACGAUUAUCGAUAGCAUUCCAGUUCAAGAAGUUAUACCAGAUAAUGAUGAAAGCGCACCUGUAUCCCAAGCUAAUUCUCAAAGCAGUUCACUCAACAGAGCGCCAUCUCAGGACAGUAUGGACGUGACGGCAGAGGGUGGAGGAAUAGUCGGAGUCGACAGCAGCGGAGGAGAAGGCCACACCAACAAGGUGCAAGCCCAGUUCACUCAUAUCUUACAGAAGGACGCGUUCUUGGUCUUCAGGGCUCUUUGUAAAUUGUCGAUGAAGCCUCUACCGGAAGGAAAUCUUGAUCCCAAGUGUCAUGAGUUAAGGUCGAAAGUUCUCUCAUUGCAUUUGUUGUUGUCAAUCCUACAGUCAGCUGGGCCAGUAUUCAGAACUAAUGCGAUGUUCGUGGCUGCAAUCAAACAAUACCUCUGUGUUGCUCUAUCAAAAAAUGGAGUUUCGUCUGUACCUCAAGUAUUCCAGUUGUCAUUAUCGAUUUUCUUAGCUCUGCUUGACAAGUUCAAGAUGCAUUUGAAAAUGCAAAUUGAGGUCUUCUUUAAAGACAUAUUUCUUAACAUUUUGGAAACUUCAAGCUCGACUUUUGAACACAAGUGGAUGGUUAUUCAGGCAUUGACUAGAAUAUGCGCUGACGCUCAAUCAGUUGUCGACAUGUACAUCAACUAUGACUGUGAUCUGAGUGCUGCUAAUCUCUUUGAAAGACUGGUGAAUGACCUAUCUAAGAUAGCUCAGGGUCGGCAGGCGUUGGAGUUGGGCGCCACUCCAAACCAGGAACUGUCAAUGAGGAUUCGUGGAUUGGAGUGCCUAGUUUCCAUUUUGAAGUGCAUGGUAGAGUGGUCUAGGGACCUAUAUGUUAACCCUAACAUGAAUGCUAGUCUAGGUUUAGAAGGGAAAGUGAAUGACGAUUCUAGUACCCCAAAGGCGAGCCUUCGCUCAUACGGUUCAGUUAGCUCACUCGGAAGCGAAUCAUCUAGUAAACAGGACGUCCCCCAGCAGUUGCAGCAACUUAAGCACCAGAAGGAAAUAUGGGAGACUGGCAUCGAAAUGUUCAAUCGAAGUGGUCGAAAAGGUGUUGUUUACCUUCAAGAUCAAGGUAUCCUUGGCAAGAGCAGCAAAGAAGUAGCUGAGUGGUUGUUGACUGAGGAACGGCUGGAUAAGACAAGCAUUGGCGACCUCCUUGGCGACAAUACAGAUUUUGCCAAAGAGGUAAUGUACAGCUAUGUGGAUGAGAUGAACUUCAGUGGUAAAGACCUGGUAAGUGCUUUGCGGCAGUUCCUUUCUGGUUUCCGACUUCCUGGUGAAGCUCAGAAAAUUGACAGGCUCAUGGAAAAGUUUGCCAGUAGAUACUGUGAAUGCAAUCCCAAUAAUGGACUAUUCGCAAGUGCAGACACUGCAUACGUGCUGGCCUAUUCCAUUAUAAUGCUUACGACAGACCUUCACUCCCCACAAGUAAAAAAUAAAAUGACAAAAGAACAGUACAUUAAACUGAAUCGUGGUAUAUCAGAAGGCGAGGAAUUGCCUGAAGACUACCUAAGUAAAAUAUAUGAUGAGAUUGCCGGUCAUGAAAUCAAAAUGAAAGCCACUAAUAAACCAGGAAAGCAAGUUAUCGCGAAUGAGAAGAAGAGGAAGUUAUUGUGGAAUAUGGAAAUGGAAGCAAUUUCUACCGCGGCUAAGAACUUGAUGGAAUCUGUAUCUCAUGUCCAAGCUCCUUUUACAUCUGCAAAACACCUAGAACAUGUCAAUCCCAUGUUUAAGAUGUCGUGGACUCCAUUCCUUGCAGCAUUCUCGGUCGGGCUUCAAGACUGUGAUGACCCGGAAAUAGCAGCACUCUGCCUCGACGGGAUCAGGUGUGCGAUUAGAAUCGCUGCCAUUUUCCAUAUGACGCUCGAGAGGGAUGCCUAUGUCCAAGCAUUGGCCAGAUUCACUCUACUGACCGCCAACUCGCCCAUAACUGAAAUGAAAGCGAAAAAUAUAAAUACCAUCAAGACCCUCAUAACUGUUGCCCACACAGAUGGUAACUAUUUGGGUUCUUCUUGGCUUGACAUAGUGAAAUGUAUAUCUCAGCUUGAGCUGGCGCAGAUGGUAGGAACCUCGAUCAGGCCGCAGUACUUUGCCAACAACAAGACAGCUGAUGUUCUCGCCAUGAAAUUGAACCUUACCUCACUUGACCCUAGUGUGAAGGAAUCAAUUGGUGAAACCAGCUCACAAUCAGUAGUGGUCGCCGUAGACAGGAUAUUCACCGGUUCAAUGAGACUUGACGGAGAUGCUAUCGUUGACUUUGUCAAAGCUUUAUGUCAAGUUUGUGCCGAAGAACUGAACCAUCCAAGUGGCCCAAGAAUGUUUUCGCUGCAAAAGUUAGUCGAGAUCUCAUACUACAAUAUGGGACGUAUCAGGCUUCAGUGGUCUCGCAUCUGGCAGGUGCUCGGUGAAUUGUUCAACACAGUUGGAUGCUCUCCGUCCGAGGAUAUCGCUAUAUUCGCUAUAGAUUCUUUACGACAAUUGUCAAUGAAGUUCAUAGAAAAGGGAGAGUUCCCUAAUUUCAGGUUUCAAAAGGAUUUCCUUCGACCUUUUGAGCAUAUCAUGAAAAAAAAUACAAACCCUACAAUCAGGGAUAUGGUUGUCCGAUGUAUUGCCCAAAUGGUCAACUCUCAAGCCCAUAAUAUCAAGUCAGGUUGGAAAAACAUAUUCAGCGUUUUCCACCUUGCCGCUUGCGACCAAGAGCAGUCUAUUGUUGAAAUGGCUUUCCAUACGACAGCGCAUAUUAUCAAACAUUUGUACGCUGAACACUUCAGCGUAAUGCUAGACAGCUUCCAGGAUGCAGUGAAGUGCCUCUCAGAAUUUGCAUGCAAUGCGAGCUUCCCUGAUACGAGUAUGGAAGCCAUUCGUCUCAUUCGAUCCUGUGCAGAUUGUGUCCAUGACAAACCAAAUGUCGUAUCAGAGCAUUGGGAAGACACUGAGGAUGGCCCGUGGGUUCGAGGGUGGUUCCCGCUCCUCUUCGAGCUGUCUUGCAUCGUCAGCCGCUGCAAGCUGGACGUCAGGACCAGGGCACUCACGGUCCUGUUUGACAUUGUCAAGACGCACGGAGCAUCCUUCAAACCGCACUGGUGGUCCGAUCUCUUCCAAGUUCUCUUCAGGAUAUUUGACAAUAUGAAGCACCCGGAGCUGCAAGCUGAUCCUGGGUCUGCUACCGUCUUACAAUCUCAUCCUGUUAAUACCUCUGGCCCAGUUCCUACGAAGGCAGAAUGGAUGACUACAACUUGCAACCAUGCUCUUUACGCUAUCGUCGACGUGUUCACCCAGUACUUCCAGACUCUGGGACCCAUCCUCCUUCAAGACCUUUACGGCCAGCUGCUGUGGUGUGUUCAACAGAAGAAUGAACAGCUGGCUCGAUCUGGAACGAACUGCCUUGAAAACCUAGUUAUCUCUAUCGGGCACCAAUUUGACGACGAGACUUGGGAGAAGACGUGCCAAUGCCUGCUCGGGAUGUUCCACUCGACCGCUCCCGUAGACCUCCUCACCUGGAAACCGGACGAUAAGAAGCAUCAGCCAGAGAUGUUCUUGAUACAAAAUGCCGUUCAACUGGAACUAAUUCAAACCGUGGAUAGUAUCAUCUUCUACCCAGCUACUUCUAGGAAAGAGGACAUCGAGAAUCUCGCUUUAGCUCAGGGUGAGAUGUGCGAAAGGUUGGCUGAAACUCAGCGUGAAGAGCAGGGGAUGUACUCGUACCUGAGCAGCAGGCACCUGAUUACGUUGGUCGAUUGCUUGCUGGAGGCUCACGUCCUUGCCAAGAAAUUCAACUCUGAUCAUAAUCAGAGGAACCUUUUGUGGAAAUCAGGGGCUUACAGCAAGAAACCUGAACUCAUAGGCCAGGAAACAGCCAGCUUGGCCUGCGCCUUGCGUAUCUUGCUCAAGAUGUCCUGUGAUGAGAACAGAGCAUCUGAUUGGCCAUCUGUGCAACACAUGUUAUUACAGGUGUCCUCGGAAGCACUGUCGUAUUUCUUGGCCAUUUCAUCCGAGAUACACCGCUCCGUCUGGACAUCGCUUUUGUUGCUGUUCUUCACACGUCUUCUAAAGAUGCCUGAUGAUAAGUUGGCUGUCCACGUGAAUGCCCACUAUCCUCUCCUCUGUAGCCUGAUAGCUGUGGAUAUGAAAUCGGAGCUGCGGUCCGUUCUCACCAAGCUGUUCCUGCGAAUAGGGCCGAUAUUCUCGAUCGGCGGCUCUGCCGUAGUCCAGCAGCAGAUAUAG